AUGGCUUCGACCAUCAUCCAGCCUCCGCGCGGCCCCAACUCUCUCACUUUCCAAUUCGCCACCCCACAACACUCCACCACUAAACCGACCGAGCCCACACCCGAGCUGGCCUCCGCCUUCAACAUGCACUCCAAGCUCCUCGCCGUGCUCAGCCUGUGCGUCGCCGCCUCCGUGCUGCAGGCGACCGAUGCUGGUGCCGCCGCUCCUGCAGGCCUCUCGCCGCACCGCCACCUCGGCGCCAAGCAGGAAGACUACGGACACCACCCGCGCCACCACGACCACGACCACGACCACGAUCACCGCAAGAAGCACCGCCACCACGAUCACGACAAGUACUACCGUCGCCGUCUCGAAGACGCCAAGAAGGCCACCGAGUCCUCGGACUACGACUACGGCAAGGACAACUACGGCAAGGACCGCAAGGACGACUACAGCUACGGCAAGGACGACUACGGCAAGGAUGACUACGGCCACCACCACAAGGACGUCUACGAGUACAAGGGCUACGACGACUACGGCUACGGUCACGGCAAGGAUUACUACGGGAAGGUCUACUAUGGCAAGGAUUACUACGGCAAGGCCUACUAUGGCCAGAGCUACUACGGGAAGAACGACUACGGCAAGGACUACUAUGGAAAAGACUACUACGGCAAGAACUACUACUAUGACAAAAACUACGACGACAAGGACUACUAUGGCAAGGACUACUACGGCCGUGGCAAGGACUACUACGGCCGUGGCGACGACUACUACGGCAAGGACGUCUACAGCUACGGCAAGGACGACUACGACUACGGCUACGGCUACUACCCCGACUACUCGUUCGGAGGCGGCUAUGGAUACGGAUACUACCCGGACUACUACUCGUCCUACGGCGGCGACUACAGCUUCGGCUACGGCUACGGAUUCCCCGGCAACUACGGCUACGCUGGCUAUGGCUACGGCUAUGGGUACCCUGGUUUUGGCUUCGGCUUUGAGUCCGCACCGACGGGUGGCGACGCUGGGCAGCAGGAGACUGGAGGUGCGAGUCCUGUCACCACCACGGAAGACGUUGCCUCCAAGUCGGCGGAGAAGGACAGCAAGACGCCGUCCAAGGGAUCCGCCAAGUCCGGCGCUGCGGACAAGUCCAAGGGCAAGGGCAAGUAA